GGCUGGGGUUAUCUGACCUCUCCGUAUUACUGCCAGUGUGUCACCUAACUGACGCACUAAAGAGUCAUCGCCAGCGUCGUACCCGAAACCAUGAGAGAAUCCGUCCAGUCUGCUGCAUGCUGGAAGAACACAAACGGAGAUGCAUUCAUUACAGGCGGUUUUGCCCGAUCGAGGUGUCCUCGAGCCGCUUGAAGGAGGACCGCAGGGUUGGAUUUGGAUUGGGAGGCGAUCACACUGCAUGGAUUGAUAGUAGUGCCCCAGACCACCAAGGGGGACCUCCGAUUGAAUCGAGAUAGGCAAGGCUCCCGGGGUGUUAUUGCAAGGGUGGACGAGGGAGCAGAGGCAAGAAAAGAUAAUGAAAAGCAAAAUGAAAACCAACACAAGCUUGGAACCUCGGCAAGUACUCAGCAGGCAAGCAAAUACAAAACCGGGAAAGCUCUGACGACAAUGGCCAGUAAAAGCUUGCCAGGUACUAGAAAUAGCUGCUGCUGCUCUUCAAUGAUUGUGCGUCCCCGUUGUUGUCAUGCAGGCUGUCUGCCACCUCGAG